CGUCUAUCUAUCUAGCCCGAUUUCCAUCCUUCAAGCUCUCUGAGAUCUACAGACAGCUCGCAGAAUAGACCCAGCCUCGAGCGAAUCAUAAUAUUCAGGAUCAUCGUAUCGUAUUAUUGAUCAGCACACAAGGUGCAGCCGCCACUGCUGGACAGUGACAAACCGCCGCAAGAUGACCUCGCUCAAUAAAUCAGGCGACACGCAGUUCACAGUCUUCAUCCGUCUCCCUUUCCCAAGGGGAGAUUUCGUUGACCCUCCUCCUGUCGAAUGGAACGCCGCCAAGGACCAAGCGCUCUGGGAUCUCCUAUCGCGGCCGUCAAAGGGAGAUGAUAUAGACUGGAAGGCACUGGCGGAGAGCUUUGACGUGACUCUGCAAUUCCUCCUGCAGCAGGCAGCAUGGCUGUACGAUCGGCAGCUCGCCCAGGUUCGGGCGCAAAUGCGUAAAGUGGGCGGCACCACGCAGUCAAACUCGCCGUCUCCGGCCCCGGGUUCUGUCUCGGGGAGCACGGCUCUGGGGAACCAGCCGAGUAAAGGGGCACCACCCAGUACCGGCUCGAGAGUGCCCCCUCGGCUGUCGUUACAGCAGAAGGAUAACCCUCCUCCUCGGGGUAUCGGAUCCCGUCGCACCAGUUCCACAACUACCGUCAACCAGAUCAAAGCCCUGCGAGACUCGCCACGGAUCGAAAAUGCAGCUGGCGAGCCGAAAGACCCAAGACGCGAAAGCUACGGUCGACGCCCAUCGACGAGUCGACGAGAGCAGGCGCUCAACGCCCCCGUCCACAAGUCGCCACCACUCGAAGAAGAAGACCUCUCGUCGAGCUCCUCCGAGUCCGAAUCCGACGACAACGAGGUGAUGGGCAGUCGGCGAGGCCAUCGGUUCCGGCCAUUCGGCCCUUUCUCAAUGCAUCGGCCGGGAUUGAGGGAUGACGACGAGGAUGAGGACGAAUCCCCGGCUUUUGUACCCCUGUCUCCCGAACUCGAGCCAGCCCAGCGUGAAGCGCCUGUAUCGGAUCUCAACGCUACCCUCCGCGACGAGCCUGCCGAUGCGCGACGACGUAUGGUGAACCCAUCUCAGGUUCAAAGACAGCCGUUUACGACCGAGUCACCCGCUAGUUCAAUCAGUUCUGGAUACCCUGCCGACCGACGCCGACGUGCAGACCAAGGCAGCGGGCCAUUGAGUCCCCGGCGGACAGAGUUGGGAUACAGCCCGCGAAGGUCUGUCACCUCCGGAAGAGAGGCCAGCGACGGCACCCCCAGCAUGGGAAGUAGCUACAGUGAUCUGGAUGAUGCAAGCGUGACCCAGUCCGCACUCGAGGAGGCUCUCAUGAGCAACAUGCAGCAUGGCGGGAUGGCCAGCCGAAUGAGUACGUUCAGCCAAGCUCUACGGAGUCGGUAUUUGUAAGUAGUGCGGAGAGUAGGACAGGGGGUGAAUUUGAUGGUUGCCUGGUAUCCUUGUCCCCCAUACCUCUAGGAGAAAAGCGACAGGAGAAAAGUCCGACGAUGAUCACCCCCUAGCCAGUCUAGUUGCGCAUCCUUAUUUCCAUGAAAUGAACCAUUCUCUCUUCAUCCACCGGUGAUCCGGGUCACGUGGGUCUCCGCUCGCCCGACAGUGCUUAAGUAAGCUGUCAUGCAUCCCGAAGGCGGUGAGCCGGUCAC